AUUCGCGAGGACUUGAGCCUGGCCCAUAAUAUUUGUUUGAAGGUUCUAGAACAUGCAUGAAACGUCCAGGGACGCGUGUCUUCCGUGAGCUAUGAUACAUACUACAUAGAUAUGGGUAGCACAUGGAAAUUGGAGGAUCACCCCAAACUACCCAAGGGCAAGAUCGUGGCUAUGGUGGUUUUGGAUGGAUGGGGUGAAGCUAAACCUAAUAAGUACAAUUGUAUCGCUACUGCCGACACUCCUACCAUGGAUUCCCUCAAAAAUGGUGCACCUGAUAAAUGGAGAUUGAUGAGGGCGCAUGGGACUGCUGUGGGGCUUCCUACCGAUGAUGACAUGGGUAACAGUGAGGUCGGUCAUAAUGCUCUUGGUGCUGGUCGCAUUUUUGCUCAAGGUGCAAAGCUCUGCGACCUCGCACUCGAGUCUGGCAAGAUUUUUGAAGGAGAUGGCUUCAAGUACAUUAAGGAAUCUUUUGCAAGUGGCACAUUGCACCUCAUUGGACUGUUGAGUGAUGGCGGCGUCCACUCCAGGCUUGACCAAUUGCAGUUGUUGCUGAAAGGUGCUGCCCAGCAUGGUGCUAAAAGAAUCCGCAUUCAUGUUCUCACUGAUGGCCGUGAUGUCUCGGAUGGUUCAAGUGUUGGCUUUGUUGAAACUAUUGAGAAUGAUCUAACCCAGUUACGUGAGAAAGGCGUCGAUGCAAAGAUCGCCUCGGGUGGAGGUCGGAUGCACGUUACAAUGGAUCGAUAUGAGAAUGACUGGAAUGUUGUAAAAAGAGGAUGGGAGGCACAAGUUCUUGGUGAAGCACCACACAAAUUUAAGAGUGCCCUUGAAGCUAUCAAAACUUUAAGAGCAGAACCUAAUGCUAAUGAUCAGUAUCUACCUCCGUUUGUUAUAGUAGAUGAAAAUAACAAGGCAGUCGGACCCAUUGUUGAUGGAGAUGCUGUGGUGACUUUUAAUUACAGAGCGGAUCGUAUGGUGAUGGCUGCCAAGGCAUUUGAAUAUGAGAACUUUGAUAAAUUUGAUCGAGUUCGAGUUCCUAAAAUUCGUUAUGCUGGGAUGCUUCAGUAUGAUGGAGAGCUUAAGCUGCCAAGUCACUACCUUGUUUCUCCUCCAGAGAUAGAUAGAACAUCUGGCGAAUACCUGACGCAUAAUGGUGUCCGUACAUAUGCUUGCAGUGAGACUGUUAAAUUUGGUCAUGUUACCUUCUUCUGGAAUGGAAACCGCUCUGGAUAUUUCAAUGCAGAGAUGGAAGAAUAUGUUGAAAUUCAAAGUGAUGUUGGGAUUACCUUCAAUGUCCAACCCAAGAUGAAGGCCUUGGAGAUUGCCGAGAAGGCAAGGGAUGCUAUCCUUAGCCGUAAAUUCCAUCAGGUACGUGUUAACCUCCCAAAUGGAGACAUGGUGGGGCAUACAGGUGACAUUGAAGCAACAGUUGUUGCUUGCAAAGCUGCUGACGAAGCGGUUAAGAUUAUCCUUGAUGCGGUUGAGCAAGUGGGUGGAAUAUAUGUUGUGACUGCAGACCAUGGAAAUGCAGAGGACAUGGUGAAGAGAGACAAGAAGGGGGAACCACUUCUUGAUAAAGAUGGAAAAGUUUCAAUACUUACUUCUCACACUCUUGAACCAGUCCCUGUUGCAAUUGGUGGUCCUGGACUGUCACCAGGUGUCAAAUUCCGCAAGGAUGUCCCUCAAGGCGGGCUUGCCAAUGUGGCAGCAACAGUGAUGAAUUUACAUGGUUUUGUGGCGCCCAGUGACUAUGAGACGACCUUGAUUGAGGUUGUUGACAAUUAGGCCUGGAUCAACAGUCUUGGCUGUAGUGAUAGGUAGCCACAACCUCGGACUUUUUCUUCUCUGCAACUCGCUUAGCUAAAUAAAAUUGCUGCUAUAUUUAUUACCAGCCAAUUCCAUGGGUGCAAAUUUUGAAUGUGUAGAGAUGUUUUAAAAUGAUGUUUUAUUUUUAAACCGGUGUCUAAAAGACUACAAGUUAUUCCUAUGAACCAAAUUGGGUGCCUUCUAUGAUGACUAUCUUGCUUUGCUCUUGCUUCA